AUGGACAACCCAGUCGUGGACUUUAUCCCCUCCGAGGUGGCCAAAGAGAUGCAGCUGCGGACCAGGAAGCACGCCAACUUUGACGAGGUCGAGAAGAAGCUGCCCGAUCCGCGGGCGUCUGUGCCGUAUCAGUUCUCCAUCAGCAAUAUUCUCAAUGAACUGAGCCUUCGGGUUCCCUUUUCCAAGGCCAUUUCCAAGGGCGAUGUUGUCUGGCUCUUUGACAAUACGGCCUACAAACAACACCACCAACAACAACAACAGCAACACACGCCAUGGCAAGCAGAAUUCAUCAUGGCCGUCUUCGAAGGCGAGCCGAAAUGCAAAGUCGCAGACAUCGUCGCCGGCCUCGCGGGCAUCAUCGGCCUAGCAGACGACGCGGAGGAGCGCAAGACGAUUGAAGAACGGCUGCUGCCGUUCCUGUGGGACAUUCGCGCGGGGAGGGCGACGACGGUGUCGCAGCAUGGGGGCGCGCAGCUGAAGCUGGGGCCGAGCGGGCUCAAUGGCAUCUCGACGAACGUGCUGAAGCUGGUGCAUGAGGGGCAGGGGGAGACGCCGCAUGGCCAUACGAAGAGGGCGACUCUUGAUGUCGAGGGCGUCGAGGGCGUUUUGAGCAUGGAGACGCAUUUUGCUGGUCCCGAGGGAUGGGGCAUCAUAUCCGACAUUGACGACACCAUCAAAAUCACCACAACAAGCGACCCCAUCGGCAUCCUCAAGGAAACGUUCAUCAACCCGCCCCGCCCCGUCCCGGGCAUGCCCGAGCUCUACGCGGGCAUCAAGUCGCUCCUCCCGCGCGACACCCCCUGGUUCUACCUGUCCGCCUCGCCGUACAACCUGUACCCCUUCCUCAGGGGCUUCCGCGACGAGUACUUCCCGCGGGGGACGUUUAUCCUGCGCGACUCGAGCUGGAAGACAAUCACCGGCUUGCUGUCCUCGCUGACCAUGGGCACGGAGGAGUACAAGGUGGACCGGAUGAAGAAGGUCCACGGCUGGUUGCCGCGGAGGAAGCUCAUUGUUUUUGGGGACUCGACGCAGUCUGAUCCCGAGGCCUAUGGCGAGAUUUACCGAACGUUCCCGGGCUGGAUCCGAAUGAUCUUCAUCCGCAAGGACACAGACUCGGCGGCCAUUGGGCUCGCAGAGAAGAACGAGCCGCAGAGGUUCGAAAAGGCGUUUACCGGCAUUCCCAGGGAUGCCUGGCACGUCUUUGAGAAUCCGGAUGAGUGUCUGGACUUGGUCAAGGAUGUGAUUCAGCGACACUCUUGAGCUUCAAGUGCCUUUGUUUUUGUCAUUUUGUAUACUUUUUUUCUUUUCUUUGUUCUGUUGGCUAUAUCCGUUUUGCUUGGUUUUUGAUAUAAACGGCACCUGGGU